AUGCCGAAGAACAUUCAGAAAUCCCUCAGUGACUACCUCUCCAAGAUCAAAACCUCUUGCUCACAAAUCCAUUUACCCUCUAAGAAAUGGAUCCUCAGAGGAUGCAAGCAUCUCAACACUCCUUCUUUCUCCAUGGAUGAUAUGAGAAACAAAAAGAAUGACAAUGAAGCCACUCUAGAUGACAUUGACCGUUUUCUCUUUGAGAAUUUCAGGUCUCUGUUCCUCGGAGACGCCGAAGAAAUCAACAACAACAACAAUGGCCACAAGGUCCAUAACAACACCCAUGGAAAGUCUCUAAUGCCAAGUCCGACAUCCUUUGAUUCAUUCGGGGAACCAUCACCUGGUCUCGGAGGCUCUACAAGGUUCUUCGUGACCCAUGGCUUCUCAGGGCCGAGUAGCUCAACUGCGACACCCACAAAGAAUGGUGACGGUUCAUGUUCAAAGGAGACAACCACAUUGCCCAAUAAUUAUGUGGCAGUGAUUGUGCCGUGCACAAAGAGCCCCUACGAGGAAUUCAAGAGAUCAAUGGAAGACAUGGUGGGAGCGAGACUGAAGAACGAUGAGAAGGUAGACUGGGAUUUCAUGGAAGAGCUCUUGUUCUCUUACAUGAACAUGAAUGAGAAGAAGGCACACAAGUUCAUUCUCGCUGCUUAUGUGGACGUGAUCAACCUCAUGCGGAAUCGUUCGCAGCCUGCUCUGGCGAAGAGUGUGAGGACUGUGAGGAUCGGCAAGGAGAUAAGGAAGAAGGCUGAAGGAGUGAAAUUGGAUUGA